AUGGACAAGCCGUCUAUUAAACGUCGUCGCAUCGACGCAGCUACCGCUCUCUCAAAGCCGUUCAAGUCCCCGCUACGCAGACCUGCACCAACAAAGAUAGACGACAUGCCAUCGAAGCCUGUCGCACUCGAGGACACGCAAAUUCUAGCGACUCCUACCCUCACUGUAAAGUCCAACUCAACAUCAAAUUCACCAGAUCUAGCAACAACUCUAGUACCCCCUAAGCGCAAGCGCGUGGUACGAAUCUCUUCCUCAUUCCCUUUACAAUCAUUCCAAAGCACCGACCCAGAGAUUCUAGAACUGCAAAAGCAGCACCGCGAGAUCCAGUCAAAGGUCGAUGCACUCAUCACCAAACUUGAAACAGCAAAUCAGGCCCACAACCUCGAGACGAAUGCCAGAUACAUCGAGAUUCCAACUCUCAUCACCAAAUGGCGGCUCGCCAGCCAGGACGCAGCCGAUGAGGUAUUUGUCGGUGCCAAGGAAAGGUUUGAUGGGAUGGGAGGGAUGGCGGCUUGGAAAGAGCGGUCGAAGCGUGAUGCGACACGGUGGGAGGAGUUUGAUGGGGAGAAUCGUGAGCGGGAGGAUGUCGAUGAGGACGAGGGAGACGUUGAUAACUACGGGACUGAGGAUUCUUCUGGCUGGCCAUUGAAGAAGGAUGAUGAGGAGAGCCAGGAUCAAGAGUUCACAAUGGAGUUCAUGCUCAAGAGUCUACAUGUUGAUCCUAAGUUGAUCGGAUAUGAUACCAAGGCUCAAAGAUGGAUCAAAAUCUGA